AAGAUCAAAUCUUAACCUCGCAAGAAGAUGCAUGAACGUUGUACGGUGAUUGGGGCAGGGUCCUUUCAAGUAGCAGAGCAACUUUCCCUUGGCCCGAAGCGGAUAACAGCUUCACAUAGCUUUGCAUCUGGUCAUUUUAAACCUAAAUUCAUUAUGAAGCUCCCAAAUAAAAUGACAAGAACCUUUAUAGAAGUUAGUUGCCUGUGGAGCCCUUCAAGUUAUCCAGUUGCAAACAGUUCUGUCUCCAAAUAUCUUGCAUGUCCACACCUUUAUGCACCCCCCCUUUACUCCACAGCUGCUACCUAUGGAUGCAUUUGCACAAGUUGGAAGGUCCCAGGACAUAAGAUAAAACAUAGACAAUCUUUUUCAUAAGUGCCCAGUACCAACUUGGAACUUCCCUUUGAAGGGUCCCCAGUUUUGCCUUAUUUAAUGUCAAAGGAUAAGAUCAUCCAUUUCCAGCACAGAAACUUUGGGUGAAAACCGUGUGCAAAAUCAUGCUCUCUCUCCCAGCACUGUGGACAAAACCCAAAACCAACAAUAAAUUUCAGGCAAGUCCCACACUAGAAAGCAAAGGGUGUCAAUUUCCGGGGCCCUUGUCAAUGUGGGGAAAACUUGAACGUUUUCUUCCCUGUAUAAAUAUUCUCACUCCCAAUUCCAACUUUAUCUGCUUUCAUAAAUCCCUUGCACUCUAAAAAGAUGGCCACCAUUGAAGAAACAACAACACUUGAGUUCAUUCGCCAGCACCUUCUGGGAGACUUUGCCUCCGCUGAUGCUUUUAUUACUAGCCUUGAUUUUGGUCUCUCUCAACUACAACCCAUCAUCAAACCAGAAAACCCAAUUCCAGAACUAGAACAUGACUCUCCCAUAUCCGACCCAAAUAACCAAAUCCCUGAUAUCUUCAGCUGUGACGUAAAACCUGAAGUCAUGGAUUUGGAGUCUCCAAGUUCAAUUAUUUCAGUGUAUAAUCCGGAACCUAAACUGUCACUGUGUGAAGAAAGGAGGCAUUACAGAGGGGUCCGGAGAAGGCCAUGGGGCAAGUUUGCUGCGGAGAUCCGAGAUCCGAGCAGGAAGGGGAGUCGGGUCUGGUUAGGUACUUUUGAAAGUGACGUGGAUGCUGCCAAGGCUUAUGAUUGUGCAGCAUUUAAAAUGAGGGGUCACAAAGCAAUAUUGAACUUUCCACUGGAAGCCGGAGAGGCUGGCCCACCGGCCAGUACGGGCAGGAAAAGGAGAAGAGUGAACGGAAUUAAGCUGCCGGAAUGUGACGUCAUGUCACCGGAAAGUAUUGAGCUGGCUUGGGAGGUGAAGGAAGAAGAGGGUGAGCUUCAUUAUCUGAACCAACUUUCACCGUUAACUAGAAGACAAGUUGGAUAAUGACCCGACUAAUGCGAAUAAGGAUAGGUUGUAAUGUAAGGCCUAUGAUUAAUGUCCAAAUCACAUCGUAUAUAAAUGCACUAUGACAAAAAGUUGUAUCAUAUUUGGUUCCUUUGAAAGUUCAUUUUGAGUUUGAUUAGUAGCGAUUA